GCGCAGCCAGGGUUCGUCACCUGCACCGCGUGCCGUUUCAGGUGGAAGUUCCGCAAGAGCACGCAUUGCUGGGCGUGCGGCCAGUCCCUCGAGCUCAAGCCCGCCAACCCGUCGCCGCGCAAUGGUGUCUGGGCGGGCAAAGGCGCAGGAGGGGCAACGCCGAAGGCCAGCCCCAAGGCCAAGGCCGCAGUGGCGGGGGGGAGCCCCAAGGCCAAGGCCGCAGCGGCGGGCGGCGCUGUCGAUGGCCGCCGUGGCUUUCCUGCCGCCCCCUGGUCGUCCUCUGGGUCAUCGGAGCUCGACAAGCUGCUGGCCAUCUCCGACCCGACCAUGACGGACAAGCUACCGGAGGCGCUCGCGGAGGCCCGCGACUUCGUUCCGCCUCCGCCUGCAGAAGCCCAGAAGACGCUGGAGCAGCAGCUGCAGUCGGCCACCGAUCGGCGCAUCAACCUCCAGCGCCAGCUGGACGAGGCCGCUGGCGCCCUGGUGGCGGCUGGGGAGCAGCUGGACGAGUGUCGCGGCUGGCGCGACACCGUCGCAACCAGCCUGGCGGAGGCCCAGGCAGAGGAGGCCCAGCUCCUGCGCAGUCGGGCCCAGGCUUCGGGGAUCGCGCAGCCGACUCCCGAUGCCUCGAAGUCGGUCACUUUCGACGUGGAGACGCUCGAGAACUUCAGCGAGCUGGAGGAGGAGGCCCAGGGCAACCCCCGCCAGAUGUGCGAGGGUGGCCACAGGGUCAUGCUGGAGGCCCAGGCGGUAUUCGAGCGCAAGUGCGGGCCCGCCAGCGGCUCCAGCGGGCGCGACGCGCAGGCAGCCGAGCUCGGGGCUGCGGCGGCCGAGGCAGCCCGCCUGCGGGCCACCGAGCAGAUGGUGGCCAGUGCACCUGCUGCGCCUGCUGCUGGUGACGGGGCUGCUGGUCAGUUCGCAGGGUAG